UCACGGCUUUGGCUAUAAAUUGUCUCAAAUGUGUAAGUAUCUGUCCUCGUUGUUAUAAUACAUAUGACCGAACCUUUAACAACAUCAUAUGUUGAUCUGUCACGGGCACGCCGCGAAUCCGUCACGGGGCCAUCACGAAGCCAUCACGGACAGGACCGUCAACUCUUUCACCCAUUGAUGGUCACGGGUACUUGGACGUCACGGGUACUUGGACGUCACGGGUUGGGUCUUAUCAACCUCUGGUAUGACGACAGUUCAUCAUUUCCCUCCUUUUGAAUGCUGAUGGAAAGUUUAUCCGGGUGAGCGUUUUAAAAACUUUGAAAAUUGCAAAUCCUCCAGUUGUAGGUACUAUUCCCUUGACCAAUCGCUUCUCAGAGGAUCACGCAAGUGGGUACAUAACGUCUAACGUGACAGAAACCCAUGAUGGUUUGAGCCCAGGUCCUGCGCAGUCAAGCGCACUGGGAUCGUCCAAAAUGGCGGGACAGAUUCGAGUGCUUCAACUCGAUGCAGAACAAGAACUAGAAACCAAAUUAUACAGACUCGAAAAAGGAUGGACACUGCGCUUCACCCUGGGCCCCUCAUUACAACCUUACAAAGUGCACUUAUUUUGCAACCAUCCACUGUCUGGGCAACCAUUUGAUAGGAACACGUACAAUGAGUUGAAGUGGACAUGUCUUCCUGGGCAGCAGUGUGAUGAUGCUGACAGAUUUGCUGACAUCAAAGCACACAGGGCUGGAUCAUUUCAUUUCUAUGUUACUUACAAAGAUGGUGGACAGCUAGAAACAGAAGAGAAAAGAACAACGUCAGGUUAUUUCACAGUGGAUCCAGUUCUUAGAGUAAACAAAAAAGAGACUAUACCACUGGAGUGUGUGAGCUUACAGACUGUGUUGUCCAAGAGUCUUGGACCCCUCACUGAAUGGAGUGAUCGACUUAAGGUGACCAAAGAAACUGGAUACAACAUGAUUCACUUUACACCAAUACAGGUACUUGGGAAGUCCAACUCUUCAUAUUCCCUUGCAGAUCAGCUAAACAUCAAUCCUUCAUUUCAUUCACCUGGUGGAAAGCAGAAGGCUUCAUUUGAUGGAAUAAAGGAACUCCUUGACAAGAUACGGGACGAGUGGAAGGUAUUGUCAGUGGUAGACGUGGUACUGAACCACACAGCAAACAAUUCUCCUUGGCUGUGGGAUCACCCAGAAUGUGCUUACAACUUGGAGAACUCUCCUCAUCUCAAACCGGCAUUUUUAAUGGAUCGUGCUCUCUGGCACUUCUCUUGUCAAGUGGCUGAUGGGUCAUGGGCAAGGGAUGGUCUGCCAGCAGAAGUGAACAAUGAACACCAUAUUCACAGACUGGGUGAAAUCUUAAGACAUCAAGUCUUGCCAAAACUGCGACUGUGGGAGUUCUUCUGUGUGGAUGUAGAUAAGACAGUAGAUGAGUUCCGUAAUGCCAUGUUGAGGGCAAAGAGACCAGUCGGUGGUCCAUCUAAACAUGAUGGGCCCCCUCUGAAGGUGACCACUGGUACACUUUAUGAACGCUUUUCAGGAACCAUUGAUAUGGCAAAAGCUCUUGAAAAGUUCAACAAAGAACGGAAUAUGUCGACACGUGGUUUAUUACUUGUGACUGGCAGAUACCAGGAUGCCAGACAUCAUAUCCUGGCAUACGCAGCGUGUGUCCGACACGGCCUGGUACCGAACCUUCUGGACGGUGGACGUAAGCCCCGGUAUAACUGCAGGGACGCAUCCUGGUGGUGGCUCCAGUGUAUUCAGGAUUAUUGUUCCAUUGUCCCGGAUGGACUUAGCAUUUUGUCGGAUCCAGUGUCAAGAAUUUUCCCCUCGGAUUGUUCUGAGCCACAGCCACCAGGCAAAACAGAUCAACCGCUGUAUGACGUCAUACAGGAAGUGAUGCAACGUCAUUUCAUUGGCAUCAGUUUCCGUGAGCGGGGAGCUGGGCCCGAUCUGGACAAUCACAUGCACGGGGCUGGAUUUAAUGUCACUGUUGGUGUCCGGGAGAGUACUGGGUUCGUGUUUGGUGGGAAUCAGUGGAAUGCUGGGACAUGGAUGGACAAAGUUGGUGAAUCACACACGGCGGGGAACUUUGGUGUGCCUGCUACACCAAGAGACGGUAGCGCUGUGGAGAUUGUAGGUCUUUGCAAAUCGACUGUGCGCUGGUUAGCCAAGCUGUGUGACCAAAAGAAGUUUCCAUAUGCUGGUGUAUCCAAGCUACAAGAUGGUUUCCCAGUGGAGUUGUCUUACAAAGAGUGGGGGAUGAAGAUUGAAAAUGAGUUUGAGGAUAACUUUUGGAUACCUGACGAUCCUAAACCCAAACAGCAGCAGACUGAGGAGGCAAAACUCAUCCACAGAAGAGGCAUCUACAAAGACACUGUUGGCGCAAGUCACAGAUUCGCUGAUUAUCAGUUCAGGCCCAACUUGUGUGUGGCUAUGACAGUGGCCCCAGAGAUGUUUAACCCUGAGCAUGCGUGGAAGUGUCUAGAUUUGGUGGAGGAAGUUCUUUUAGGCCCAUUAGGCAUGGCUACAUUGGAUCCCAGUGACUGGGCUUAUGAAGGAGUUUACGACAACGCACAAGAUUCAUCCUCAUACAAGAGCGCAAAGGGAUUCUCUUACCAUCAGGGACCGGAGUGGCUUUGGUGCCUAGGCCCCUUUCUUAGAGCUCGACUGUACUUCGCCAAGAAACUCCAUGGUAAAGAGGGUCUAGAGCGGACAAUAGUUCGCGUGAAGAGCAUCCUGGCAAGACACAAAGUGGAAAUAACAAACUCCCCCUGGCGCAGCUUACCUGAACUUACUAACGCCGGGGGGGUGCCAUGUCAUGAUGGCUGUCCUGCACAGGCAUGGUCUGUAAGCUGCUUGUUAGAUGUAUUGUACGAUAUGGAGAAAUUAGUUCAAGGAGACAAUACAACUUGACUGUAGCUGGAAGGCUGGUCUUUUAAGCCGUUAGUUUGGAUUCCGUAACGUAAUGUCACGUCACGUAACGCUUGGGUCGUCUCAUGGCGUGACACCGGGUUGCAUACGCAGCCGUUAUUUUGGUCACGUAACGUUACAUCACGUGCAGCCGUUCUCUAUGGUCGCGUAACGUUACGUUACACAUAGUAACCUUUAGUUGGCGUGUAAGUGUUGUUUUGGGUCGUGAGGUAAAAUGGAGUAGCUAGGUAGCUAUUUAAUUAGACGAUUUAUUCCGUAAAUGAAAUUGCGUUCACACUAAUUCCAAAAGACAUGUUUAUUUUCCACAAGCUUGUUUCUAAUUGCGUUGUUAACAUUAGGUGGCUAUGUUUCAAGUCAAGUUUCGUUAUAUAUUUCGUUUUACGGUAGAUACAUCAGAUUGUUAUAGCUACACAUAAAAGCGAGAAUUGGUGCUCGAACUUCAUGUUGCAGUUAUUUUAUUAGCCUCCCUUCGUUCAGUUAGUUCACGCCGUUUUUUCGCGCCGCGCUCCAACUAACUGAACGCGUGGAAGAGGCUAUUAUUUCAGUUAUGGUCUAAUUCAAGAGGCAACUUACUUCCUUUUCGCUUUUUGUAUCUCUUAAGGUACAAUCAUGUUCUGACUAAAUGUAUUUCGAUCAUUUUUUUAUGCAGUGCACCUUUUAAAGAUUCAUAAUAAAACAUGUUUCAUUCAUGCGUAGACUAAACGUGUUUAGGAGAGUGUGAACGCAGUACAAGUCUCGUCUACUGAAUGCAGGACGACAAGUCUUUCAAAACGGCUCUUAUAGUGUCAAGGUGUCCCGAAAAAUUACUAAAAUUUCUUAAACUAUAUUAGGUUAUUUAGGUAUUUUCUGGUUUGUGCGUAGUCGUAUCUUUAUGUUCAUCCUGGGCUUAUUUUUUGGCGAGCAGGACGGUCUGUUUCAAAGCAGCGUGGUAAGAUCCCUGCUCAAAGUUUGUGUUCGAGUGAAUGUCCCGAGGAAAUGGGCAGGACUGCACGCGGCAGUCUAAAUGUAUUAUUAGUGUAUUAUUAGUAUUUAACUCAUUGUAAUUCAGAGGUAGGAUGCGAGAAGUCUCAUUAGGUGUAAUCUUAAAUCUUCUGUAUAGCUCCAGAUCGAUAAUUUUUUGGUUUUCUCGUCUGAUUCAUUUCUUUUAAUUAAUCGUUGAUCAUAACGUGGGGAAACAGACUUCCCAGAUAACAGCCAAUCAGAGACGGUAUAUAGUAUCACGUCAUCAGUCUUGGAUUUUCGGGUGGGGUUGGGUUGGGGGGGCGGGAGCAGAGAACGGUGGAUCUGAGCUCUCAUAGGAGAUGUGCGUUUUCUCGGGCUGUGUUCAUCAGAAUCAAGUGUAGGUAGUAAACACGGUAUCUGCGGCAUAAGUUCGCAAACAGAAAACAGCAGCAGAAAACUUUGUCGCCAAUGCGUUUGCGGGAUCUUUUGGGUAUAGGAGGUAAGGUUUAAAAUGGUGGCAACGGAGAGCAAGAAAAUUAAACAGUCCUCGAACUGAAUGUACUGAUUGAUUCAGAAAGCACAAUCCAGUGAUUAUUUUAAUCUUUGAAAGACAUUUCAGCGUUCAACAGACGCCAUCUUAUCCACCCAAACGAUUCCAGAAACCAUCACGCACUGAUGUACUCAGUCUCUCCAUAUUUCUAGACUAUACCGUCUAUACGGAAUAAUAAAUGAUCUUUGUAUUGUGUGUAGAGAGACUAAAAGUAAGCUUUUAAAAUAUUAAUCUAUCAGUAGUUAUCGCUACCAAUAAAAUCAUCAAAUAAUUGUCACGUGGGCGUAAUGUCAUAUCUCUUUGAUGACGACAUUUAUGUGACGUCAUUUAACUACAAUGAAAAACCCUGCAGUUACUGGGAGCGAGGUCUGGCAGUUUUUUUGAUAUUAAAAGCUGUUGUGUUUAACGUCUCAUUUGGGAUUUUCAGAAUUUAACGAGGAAAGAAUAUUUGAGUAAAGGGACAAAGGAAAGCAA